AAUAACCAGUUUGACCUACAGACGCUUUGUUCAAAACAACUGCGAAACGAGUUGACCAUUUUAUAUCAUAUUUAUCAAAAUAUGACCGUGUUUGUGUAUAUUCUGUGUGUUUUGUGUGUGAAAUGUGUUUUUGGAUUGAACGAAGGUGACCCUUGCAUGGCCAAUAGUGAUGCUGGUGUCUGCAAGAUCCUCGAUGACUGCGACUACGCUGUAAAACUGCUCACUAUUGACGAAAAGAAACCCCCAAUGUGCAGAUGGCGCGGCAGCACCAGGAUCGUGUGCUGCCCUCUGCAGGACCGCUCGUACACUAUCGGGGCGUUUCGGAGUUAUUUCGGGGGGUCGAAUAACGGGGUAUUACGGUCGCAGGAUAUGACUUGCCGCUACGACGGCAGCCUGCCAAUCCUGUGCUGUCAGAACGUUCCAGAGGCCCCUCCCCCCGCCGAGCCACUCGCCUGCCCCCCACUACAGCAACCAGCGGGGAACAGGAACGAUAUAGCUUUUAAAAAAUGCCUCGAAUACCAGCGAUAUGUGAACGUGUGUGUGUCCAGCGAUGCGAACCCCGACGCUUACGUGAGAGAAGACACGUGCAGCGUCGAGGAGUUUGGAGAUAGAAUCACUGGAGGGACGCCUGCACGACGCAGCGAAUUCCCACACAUGGCACUCUUAGGCUGCCGAAAUACCGUCAACACUGGAUUGGGGCCAGUAGUGUGGGUGGCCGGCGGAUCGCUCAUAAGCGACCGUUUCAUCUUGACUGCGGGCCACGUUCUAUCACACCGAGACUAUGGUCUCCUCCGCUACGUGUUACUCGGAGCAACAAAUAAGUCCGAAGCCAGAGAUGGUUUACUCUUCAACAUUAUACGGUUCAUCCCACACAAGCUGUAUCAGAAGAAUGAGAAGAAACAUGACAUCGCUCUUCUAGAACUUGAUAGAAGGGUAGAAUUCUCGGAGUUCAUUCGACCCGCGUGUCUGCCGUCCGAAGCUAUCCCUAUAACUAAAGACAGGAUUCUAGCUGGAUGGGGCAAGACAGGAGAACAGGCUAGCGAGUCUGAAAUACUUGUAAAGGUGACGGUACCAGAAUAUGACUACGAUUCAUACUGCAAGCAAUUCUUCUCACAAACAGCGGACAAUUUGUUUGACAAGGAAACCAUGCUGUGUGCCGCGGGCGGUAAAGGUGACAACAAGGAUUCGUGUCAGGGUGACAGCGGCGGGCCUCUAAUGACUUUCGCCAGAGACAUUAAUUGCUCAUAUGUCGUCCGCGGUAUAGUGUCGUUUGGACCGCGCUGCGGCGCCGGAAUACCGGGAGUUUAUACUAAUGUGCAGUAUUAUAUGUCGUGGAUACAAAGUGUAGUGUGGCCGACGAAGUAACUGACUUUAUAUAAGUAGUUUAAAUGUGAGUGUGCACAAACGCCCCACUUUGUCGAUUGCUAUAAAGCAGUUUUGUCGGCUCAUUCAUAUAAAGAUACAAGUAAUGUGUUAAUGGUAGCCGACAAAGUGGGACGUUUUACUAAACACACACAAAUACUCAUUAUGACUUUGAUACGUACGAAUAAAUCGUAUUGUGAGCAAA